AUGGGAAACAGUAAGAGCAGUGCUUUAUCCAGGGAAAUCCUGGAGGACCUGAAGACAAACACCAGGUACAGCGAGGCCGAGCUGUGCGCCUGGUACGCCACCUUCCUGAAGGAGUGCCCCAGUGGCCGUAUCACUAAGGAGCAGUUCGAGGGCAUCUACGCUGGCUUCUUCCCCGACGCCGACCCCUCCGCCUACGCGCGCCACGUCUUCCGCAGCUUCGACCUCAACGCCGACGGAACGCUGGACUUUAAGGAGUACAUCAUCGCGCUGCACCUCACCUCUUCGGGCAAAACCACGCACAAGCUUGAGUGGGCGUUCGCCCUGUACGACGUCGACGGCAACGGAACCAUCAGCAAGAAUGAGGUCCAAGAGAUCGUGAGGGCAAUAUUCAACAUGAUUCCUGUUGAGGACCAGAAAAAUCUUCCAGAGGAUGAGAACACACCAGAAAAGCGAGCAGACAAAAUAUGGAACUUUUUCCAAAAGAACGAAAAUGAUAAAAUUGCAGAGGGGGAGUUCAUUCAGGGGGUGAUGGACAAUAAAGACAUCUUGAGGUUGAUACAGUUUGACGAGCCAAAGAAGAUUCAGGCCAAACUGAAAGAGAAGAAGCAGUAA